GUGACAGUUGGCUGCGGGUGACGGUUGACACAUGGCCGGUGUCCGCGUGGCCGGUGUCCGCGCGCUGUACAAGCGGCUGCUGCGCCUCCACCGCCGGCUGCCCGGCGACCUGCGCGACCUGGGCGACCAGUACGUCAAGGACGAGUUCAGAAAGAGCAAGGCAGCCGGAGCGGCGGAAACGGCGCGUUUCAUGGAGGAGUGGCAGGCAUAUGCAGAUGUACUGCAGAUACAGAUUAAGGAGAGGGAGAUAACGCAGAAGGUUCGAUAUGGAGCCAAUCUCACAACAAAUGAAUUGCAAAGGUUUAAUGAAGAUCAAAUUGGACAACUAUAUGAACUGAUGCAAGAAGCCACAAAACCUGAUUACCAGUUAAUUACUGAAAAUGACCCUCAUCGGAAGAAGUAAUUUAACAACUGCCACAACAAGAAAAACUGAAGAAACCAGAGAACUAAAUCGUUAAUUCUUGUUCUGUCAUCAGAAACAAUGAUCUAUAAAAUUUAAAGCAUUUUUAGUUUGAA